AGGGCUAACAGCAUCCACGGAAAUUUCCUUGUGUCCUGUCUGGGACGUGGUGUAUGCAUGAGAUUCAGGGAGUGUGCAGGGGAUGUGCCUGUUUGGUUCCCUCAGUGCCGGUACAAGGGGUCUUAAGAGAGACAGGAGUGAAGGAUUGCCUUCACUCCGAAGACUUCUGCAAAAGGAUUUUACGGCCCCUGAACAUUUUGGCAUCUUCAGCCUAUCGAAACUGCACCAAGAAUGCCUGUCUUAAUUCUGUACUGUCCUCCCGACAUUUCAGUCAUAUUCAGACACCAGUUGUGUCCUCUGCUCCCAGACUGAUCACAUCUGUCAGAAACCUGACAUGUGGGCAGACUGCCACAGUCCUCAAUAGAAUGGCCCUCUUGCUCCCAAAUGUCCUGAAGCCACCAGUCAGAACUGUAACAUACUACAGUUCGAGAAAAGGCAAGAGGAAGACUGUGAAAGCUGUCAUCUAUAGGUUUCUUCGACUUCAUAGCGGUCUGUGGCUAAGGAGGAAGGCUGGUUAUAAGAAAAAAUUAUGGAAAAAGACGGUUGCAAGAAAAAGACGCCUGAGGGAAUUUGUCUUCUGCAAUAAGACCCAGAGUAAGCUCUUAGAUAAAAUGACAACAUCUUUCUGGAAGAGGCGAAACUGGUAUGCUGAUGAUCCUUAUCAGAUGUAUCACGAUCGAACAAACUUGAAAGUAUAGAUCAGAAGAUCCAUGAUUUCUCAGUUAUUAACUGUAUAUCUGUGUAUGUAUGGUGUCUUUGCAAAGAUGAAGUGGUAUAAGACAUGAUGUAAAUUGUACCAACUGAUACUUGGAACAUGGGGUACCAACAUUAAACUUAACAAUGUUUUAAAACUUAA